UUGACCAUAAAAAGAACUACAGUGAAAGCACAACAAAUAACCAAUGUCCCCAUGGAUGAAAAAUAGCCGCUCGGGAAAAAUCUGGACACCGGACAGUGGGGAGAGAUAAGAGAGAAGGAGAACAAUAAUAAACAAGAAGUCUUGCCUGUGACUUCGGUGAUUUUACAUUUGCCUUUUGUAACCUUGAAUGGUCUACCGGCUCUUGAUUUAGGCAGUGACUGGUUUUGCCUGUAGUAUAGACAGAGGUCCACAGGCAGUGACUGGUUUUGCCUGUAGUAUAGACAGAGGUCCACAGGCAGUGACUGUUUUUGCCUGUAGUAUAGAGAGAGGUCCACAGGCAGUGACUGGUUUUGCCUGUAGUAUAGAGAGAGGCUGUGGCUGCCGCCAAAGACAGAACAUAUUGAAGAAGUUUUCUUCUCUCCGACUGCAACCAUGUCAUCCUCAAACAAUACAGAUGUUGAUUUUGAGCCAACCGGAGAUAAUGCUGUGGAUAACGAAAUCAGGAAGUGGCUGUUAUGGGACAAGAAUGAAAAGACAAGACUUGAAAUCAAAGCUCUUGUGGACGAAAAGAAUAUCCCGGAGUUGAAACGAUUGCUGUUGCACAGAAUGGAGUUUGGCACUGCAGGUCUACGAACACGCAUGGGUCCCGGUAAUUCACAGAUGAAUGACUUGACAAUGAUACAAACAACUCAGGGUCUGGCGAAAUACCUGAAGGCUUCUCUGCCUACUGUGAGCUCAAAAGGUGUUGUCAUUGGCUUUGAUGGGAGACACAAUAGUUACAAGUGGUCAAGAAUUGUGGGCACCAUUUUUGUGAAUGAGAGGAUUCCAGUGUAUCUAUUCUCAAGACUGUGCCCAACUCCAUAUGUGGCCUAUGGGGUGCGGGCUUUUGACGCUGACUGUGGGAUCAUGAUCACCGCAAGUCACAACCCCAAGGAGGACAAUGGCUAUAAGGUGUACUGGAAUAAUGGGGCUCAGAUUGUCUCCCCUCACGACAAAGGAAUCAGCCAGGCCAUUGACGAGAGCCUGGAGCCCCUGGCUUCCUCCUGGGAUGUCAGCUCCCUGGAGCGUCUCUCAAGCCUGGUCAAAGACCCCAUGGAGGAGACUCUGAAGCGGUACAACGCGGAUGUGCUCAGUCUCUGUUAUUUGAGAGAAAAGAAUGCUGAGUGCCCAGUUCGCCUCACCUAUACAGCCAUGCAUGGUGUUGGCUAUGAGUUUGCCGUACGGGCAAUGAAAGAAUUUGGCUUUCUGGAUCCUAUCCCUGUUUUGGAGCAGGUUCAACCAGACCCGGAUUUUCCAACUGUGAAGUAUCCAAACCCAGAAGAAGGCGAGGGAGCGCUGAAACUUGCCAUGGAAACAGCUGAUCGAAAUAAGAGCAAAGUCAUCCUGGCAAACGACCCUGAUGCUGACAGGCUGGCUGUGGCAGAGAAAAUUGACAGCGGCUGGCGCGUGUUCACGGGGAAUGAAAUCGGUGCUUUUCUGGGCUGGUGGUGUUUUACUGCCUGGAGACAGAAGAACCCCAGUGUCAACUUGUCUGAUGUGUACAUGUUGGCCAGUACUGUGUCCUCAAAGAUCCUCGAGGCUUUUGCUCGUAAAGAGGGCUUCAACUUCAUUGAAACACUCACUGGGUUUAAGUGGAUGGGCAAUGAGGCGGACAGGCUGCUCAAAGAGGGAAAAUACGUUCUCUUUGCUUUUGAAGAGGCUAUCGGUUACAUGUGUGGCAGCAAAGUGCUGGACAAGGACGGUGUGUCGGCGGCGGCGGCCGUGGGGGAGCUGGUGAACCACCUGUACAGCUCGGGCACCACGCUCAGCAAACAGCUGGAGGUCAUCUAUCAGACGUAUGGUUAUCAUAUGAGCAGUAACUCCUACUUCAAGUGCUACGAUGCGGAUACAAUCAAAGCCAUGUUUGAACGUCUUCGUAACUACGAUGGGGAGGGAAAGUAUCCCAGCAAGUGUGGAGACUACGCCAUCGCUCAUGUGAGAGACUUGACUGUGGGUUACGACAGUGAGACUAUUGACAAGAAACCGAAACUGCCUUGUAGCAAGUCAAGUCAGAUGAUCACCUUCAAGUUUGAGAACGGCUGCGUGGCCACGCUGAGGACGAGUGGCACCGAGCCCAAGAUCAAGUACUACGCCGAACACCGGCCCGAUCCUGAGCAUGGGCUUGACUACGGGCAAGUAAAAGAACAGCUGAAUGGGAUUGUGGAAAGCAUCGCCAAGUAUUUCUACAGCCCUGACGUCUUCCCCAAGAUCCUGCCCAGGGAUACGUAAAAAAAAUCUCUUUAAAGAUGCGAGGACUGGCUCUGAGGGUUGACUACGAUUUUGUGGGAUUGCAUUGUGUAAGGGGAUGUUUUUGAGGCUAAGAGAAAUUGAGGUAUUUUCAGCAAACUCUUGGAGAAUUGAGAUUAUUAUAAUAUUUGGUGUUGGGAAAGUUGCGUGCACUUACUCAAAGCAUAGUGUGAUAAAUGCUCUUUGCGCGUGGCCUGCAAACAGGCUCAUGGUGUGUUGGGAUAUAUUUUUCUUUGCUCAGUAUUUCACUUACCUGAAGGUGUUAGUUGGUAAGUUUGUGUUUCUUUUACUGGAGAAUGCUUCUUGUUUAUCAAAGUCUUGGGGGGGAUCUCGUGGAUUUGUUUUGAGAUGGGUUCUGUACUCUUAACAUGUGUUUGUGGGCAAGUCCCUGGGUGUAAUGCUGGCAGGUUGAUGUAUGCUUAGUUGAGAAUUUUUUUACUUUCGUAUGUGCAGUUUAUUUAUAAUCUACGUUUUGUCGUUGAGUAAAAUCUUGUUUUACACAAUCUUGCUUUGUAAAUUAAAUCGUCCUUCGUCGGUAAAUAGUCAUGAAUAUGUUAAAAAUGAGACAAAUUCUUAAUGUCGGAGUCAGGAUUUGCUGUGUUCUAGUAAAACGGUGACACUGGUUAUUUGACGUAAAUUAAUAGGUUGAAACAAGUCUCAUUGUGGAAUUUAAUUUGAAGGGCUCUAUGUCAGUGUUUCAUGGGCCUGCUACAAACGAAAAUGAAUGGCUGGGUUUUUUUUCUUUAAUUGUUCACCUUUGUUGUCGUGGACAUCUUUCAGUUAAAAAAAAUGUUUACAUUGUCCCUAGCAUGGAUUACUGUAUGUUUUUGUGGAAAACAAGUUCUACUCUUGGAAAUUGUCAUAGAAUAAUAAUAAUAAGAAGAAGAAGAUGAAGCAUACAACUCUGUAAAUUUAUAGGGGUGGGUGGUGCGUAUCAUUCAUUUUAUUUCAGAAGCCUUUUUUUUUUCUCUGUAAUCAAACAUUGGCCUACCCAGAUGUAGUGAAAACACUUGCCCACACGGACUGGCCUUCAGUCUAUGUAACAGGUAUGGCCAUUUGCACUCAGUUAGCUGUACCUUCAUUGUAUUACGGAAAGGUUGAAUGUGAAAAUUAACCAUUCAAGAGGUGAAUAAAUUUGCACUGUCCGGUCCCCCAGAGGGGAAUUACUGUGAGAAAUUCAUGAGAAUAAGGGUGAGUCCUUAAAAAUGCUUAUAACUUCCUUAUUUUUUAAGGUAGAAAUAUGAACCAAACUUCAUUGAACUGGAAAUUGAGUGAAGAAAAAACACGAGAUAAAAAUGUUCAAAACAAUA